AUGCCUUCAUGGCAUGUCAGUCUGCUUAGCCAUAGUGGCAAGCAGAUCGAUUCUCGCAAACAGGAUGUGAAUUCACAUUCACAUGCAACGGUCUUCAUAGAUGGAGAUGCUGCCCUCGCUGACACAUGGAGAUUCGUUGAUUACAGUGAUGAGACGCAGGCUAGACGCGACUGGAUCUCUCAAUUCAUCUUUGAUAGAGGCGCUCUUCAAUUCAGCUCUGAUGUUGUCGACACUUUCAUUGUGGGCCCGUCACCCGUCCAUGGGCUGGAUUCUCGCAUUCAUCUGCCUUUCACUGAAGGUACACAACAAUUCUGCAUUCUCUUGCGCCAUGGAGAUACGGUAGAGUUUGGAGUUACAUAUGCUCGCGUCCAAGUUGUGUUCGAUCCAUAUUCGGACGACCCUCAUGUACAGGUCGAAUCUUCAGGACCGGGAGCCCUUGGUCACAAGAUCAAGCACGAGAUCAAGGAGGAAGCAGACACUGACGAUGAAACCGACGAUGAGGCUAUCCACCCUGUCAUCAAUGCCCGUCGUGGUACUUCAGCUGAAGAAUCCCAACACUUGUUCUCCACGAGCCGCGAGCAUCUUAGUCCGACGCCCCAAAUCACCCGAGAGUCACAAGUGGUCAAGGACACUCCCAACCGCCGCCGCAUCAGGUCUCAACACGAGUCAACCAUUCCGGAAAGUUUGCCCAUGGACGAAACAUAUCCUGAGCAGCCCCAGCCUGUAGCCCAUGCAAAUACUGCGGGUACUGACAAUGGCCUAACGAGCCUCUUGCCGGAUGUUCACACUGGCGAGCUGCCGGACAACUCACCCUCUGAAUCUCUCCAUUUCCAUGUACCGACCCAGCACACUCUGUCGCCGCAAGACCAAAGCUUUACCGCCGCUGAAGUGGGCAAGCUCAUCUCGAAUCUGAACAACAUUUCAUCACAAGCACCGCCAUCAACUUCAUCCCCGCAGAAGACGCGUGAAUCAGAUGUCAUUGCCGGCCACUUUCCAAAGGAUUCCUCGACUGUAGACUCGGCAAAACCAGCCAUAUUGCCAGAACCACAAGCUGAGCCUCCAGCUGCUGAGCCCGCUACUGUGCUCGAACAUGUGGCUUCACCAGUCGAUAUCAUCAAUGAUGAGAUUACGAACGAUCGAGACAGAACAAACGCUUUGACCGGCAGUAUCGCCGCGACCGUCGAGUCAGAUCCGGUUGCCAGUGUCAAGCAGACUCCGUCGGUGACUAGUGCGGCGAAGAAGAGAAAGAAGGUCUCAGACAGCGAUUCUGUUACUUUGUCAAUCAAGCGCGCCAAGUUUGUUGAAGGCGAUGUUGGUGAUGCUAGCACUACACCAAUGAGCACUGCUUCGAAGAGGAGUUCAGGCCGGGGCAAAGGCUUAGAAACGCCGACAGGAUCUGCACCGACUAGAAGUUCUUCACGAAGGAAGAGCUUGGAUGAGGAUCUCCCGCCCAGUACCAUCUCCAGACGGGUUGCCACUAGGCACAAAAGCAUUGACAGUGAGAGCGCUCCUGCUGGAUCGCCAUCAACAGGUCGACAAUACAGCGGUGACCCUCCUGUCAUUCUCUAUUCUAAUACCAGAAUCACGGACAAAAAUCAGCUUAUGAAGUCUCUCAAGGACCAUGGCGUCAGCAAGACUGAAGAUAUCAAAAGCGCAAACUUCUUGUGUGUAGGCCCGGGGGAGCUUCUAAAGACACCUAAAUUGCUCCACAGCUUGACGUUAGGCAAAACGAUUGUCACUGACAAUUGGGUAUCACACUCGGUCGCGGCUGGAGUUUUGCUAGACACCUCCGAAUAUCUACCUGAGGAGCUCAAGGCGACCAGACACUUGGACCGUACGAAGACUUUCACCGAUCAGGUCAUUUAUAUCACGCCAGCGCAGCGCCUGGCCUACAAGAAAGGUCUUUGGGACGAUGUCAUGGCCAUUAUCAGGCAAGCUGGCGGCACAAAUCCUUUGACUGGACCACUUUCGAAACUUGACACUAGCAGCAUCACGCUAUAUCUCGGUGCCGACAAGAACGACGAUGUCGCUGCAAAGUUACAAGAGCAGGGAGAGAAAGUGUACAAGAAGGACAUACUCGGCGCCAGUAUCGUCCAGGGAGAGUUGCUCUUCGACGAGUCGUUAGAACUUCCACAGGCAGAACCAGUGUCGAAGACGAAGGCAGAACCAAAGUCGGCCAAGAAGAAUGGACGCAAGAAGAAGGCUUAG